AUGUUUCUAUCAUCUAAUGGAUGUUAUUUAAGAUGUAAUGGAUAUGUCCGUAGAAUUCCACCAUGUAGAUUGUUCAUUAGUCUAGAAAGAGAUCAAUUUUUAAUAAGAGCUAGCGGUGUGUUAAAUCCUCAAGUUAGACAUCAAUUAUAUUCUAUGCAAAGAAAUUAUCGACUACGUUCUAGUUUUAAGUCAAGAAUGAAUAGUUUUACUCAAGCGAACUUUGAUCAAACUACAGCAAAAAGAAUUUGUUAUAUAUAUAGAGUCGCUUGUAAAUAUCCAACAUACAUAAAAUUAUACUAA